GGAAGGAGGCGAGUAAUAUAUUACUAGGAAGAGGUCACCGAAAAUCAUUAAAAGAGACCGAAAAUACAUAUAGCCUUAAUAAUUAUAGAAUUAAUAAAGUCAAAUGACUAUUUUAAGGAUAAGGAUGACGUACAUAGGCCUAUAAUACUAGAUUAGUACCACAAAACACUACUUUCGUUUUAAGGACUGUACAAUCGUGACUUAAUACACGUUAUUUUUAACUAACUGGAACAUAAUAAAUUUUACUGCAGCAGUACGGCGUAUUAUACCAGACUCAGCAGACAUGAUCCACUCAAAAGCUAGAAUAAUCAAAUAUGGAAGUGUAUUUGCACUUAUAGUUUGCUUAUGGAUAAACCUUCAGCUGGCCCAGUGGGUAUUUGUCAAAAUAAGAAAAAGAACAUUCGCACAAAUAUAUGAGGAUAUGGGCUUCCAAACAGCACAGAGACUAAAUGCUUCAAGUAAUAAAACAGUACAAGAUGUUCAACCCGUUCAGUCCAUCAUAAACAAAACAGUAGACCUGAACAUCACAAAAUUCCAAACGAUAAGGAAUGUAACAGUAAAACACAAGGUGAAACAAGGCGUCAAUACCACCGCCACACGAACAAUUGCCAAGUUAACAGUAUGUGAUCCAAGCUCAAACGAAAUUGGACGGAAUAUCUUCUUUCAAUUGAAACGACUAUCGAAGCCAAAAUUGAAUACUUAUUUCCAAAAACUACAACCUGGUGGACAUUGGUCUCCAACAAAAUGCAUUCCAGCGCAGCACGUUGCAAUUAUAGUUCCAUAUAGAGAUAGAAUUGCUCAUCUUGAACAGUUUUUGAAUCAUAUGCAUCCAUUUCUUCAACAUCAACAAACUUCAUAUGCAAUAUUCAUAAUUGAGCAAGUGUCACCUGAGAUAUUUAACAAAGCUAGUAUUAUGAACAGCGGUUUCCUUGAAAUUAACAAACUACACCCAAGGAAAUUCAAUUGUUUCUUCUUCCAUGAUGUCGAUCUAUUACCAGAGAAUGAUAAAACUCCUUACGCAUGUAAAACCAAUUCAAUCGCUGUGCAUCUAGCUAAUUAUAUAAAUAUCCGUGACUACGAGCUGCCAAAAACGCAUCGCAUGACAGGAGGAGUGGUUGGAGUGAGACCCGAUUCAUUCAAAAAGAUUAAUGGAUAUAGCAAUGAAUAUUGGGGUUGGGGUGGGGAAGAUUAUGACCUUGUUAAACGUUUAGAAAGUAACAAAAUCAAAUUUGAGAACUGCAACGUUGAUAAAUGCUCCUAUUGGGCGCAAAAACAUCAAAGAGACAAACGCAAUCCGGUGAACAAGAAUCAAAUGAAAAUGUACCGUACUUUCUCUUUGAAAAGAAGCAAACAUGAGGGACUAAAUUCAGUUAACUAUACAGUCGCAGGUGUUGAAACGGAAACUCGGUUUACAAAAAUUAAAAUUUCUAUAACCUUGCCCAUGAGUAAAAAGGUAAAAUUCAAAUCUUAGUUAUAAAGAACUGUACCUCUUAUGCUAUUGUCUCCUUAAACUACAG